AGAACAAUACAGUGACUGAUAAGAACACUAUUUCCCUGUCUCUAUCAGAUGAAUCUAAGGUUGGAUCUGUUAGUGAUGAAAGUGUUAAACGUUCGAGCCUGUUGGAUCAAAUCGAACUUGAAUUCGAAGCUCAUCUCAAUAGUCUUAACCAAGCUGGAUCUGUUGGUGUCAAAGCUGAAUCUAAGGAUGAUGAAGAAUUAUCUGCUCAGAGACAAAAGAUGCUGGAAGAAAUCGAACGCGAAUUUGAAGCUGCUUCAACUAGUCUGAAACAACUAAAGACUAAUGAAAUCAACAAAGGAAGUGAUGAAGCACAAGCUGCAAAGAGACACAGUUUGUUAGAAGAAAUCGAACAUGAGUUUGAAGCCGCUACAAAAGAGCUUGAACAACUAAAGGUCAAUGACUUCACCGGGGACAAAAAUGAAGAACAAUCUGCAAACAGAAAGAGUAAGCUUGAAGCUAUUGAACGCGAGUUUGAAGCUGCUAUGGAAGGCAUUGAAGAACUAAAGGUUUCAGAUUCCAGCGGAGAUGAUGAAGAACAAU